AUGCCUAAAUAUUAUUGUGACUACUGUAAGUCAUACCUCACACAUGACACCUUGAGUGUCAGAAAAUCUCAUCUACAAGGAAGAAACCAUAUCAAGAAAUACUGUGCAUACUAUGAAGAGAAGGCAAGACAACUAGGCAUCUGGGAUCUCAGUGAGAACCAAUUCGAUAUUGACCUUGAUUAUGUAUACAGCAAAAGACCGUCUCCACAGAAGUUUGCUAGGGAUCAGCUCCUAAAAGCAGAGCAAGAGAAACUGGGCCGUAAAGAGGAGAUCAAAGAAGAACCACUCUGUCUACCUCCUCCACCGAUGCCUGCUGGAGUACCAGCACCUCCAUCAGUCCUCCGAUUUGCUGAAGAAGAUCAAAAUGCUAUUGCCGUUCACAUGGCUAGAGAUGCUCCAAAUAUAUAG